AUGGCCGACCGUCGCCAGCACCCGCUCUCUGUCUUUACGGAAACCAACUAUCUCCAUGCGUUCUUCAACCCCGGCUAUGUCAAGCACGUCGUCUGGGCCCAGUGGCAGACCGUGCCUCUGCCUGCCCCCGGCCACUUUGCCGGCCAGACCAUCAUCGUCACCGGUGCCAAUGUCGGCCUCGGCCUCGAAGCCGUCCGCCACUUUGCCCGUCUCGGCGCUUCUCGCGUGAUUGUCGCCUGCCGCUCCGUCGACAAGGCCGCGGCCGCCGUCGCCAAUGUCAAGCAGUCCCUCACGCCCGAGCAGGCCGCCGCCUGCACCCUCGAGGCCUGGGACGUCGACCUGGGCUCGUUUGCGAGUGUCGCCGCGUUUGGGGCGCGCGCCGCCAAGGAGCUCGACCGCCUCGAUGCCGUUGUGGAGAACGCCGGCGUGGCUACCGGGACCUACACACCCCUCGAGGGCCACGAGAGCUCCAUCACGGUCAACGUCCUGUCCACCUUCUACCUCGCCUUGCUCCUCCUGCCGCUGCUGCGCCGCACCGCCGCCCAGCACAACGUCCGCCCCAACCUGGCCGUGGUCUCGUCCGACGCGCACUUCUUCGCGCGCUUCGCCGAGCAGCACCGGCCGUCCAUCUUCGCCGCCCUGCAGGACCCGGCCGCCAUGUCCCACGACCGCUACAACGUGUCCAAGCUGCUGGAGAUCCUCGUCGUGCGCGAGAUGGCCCGUGUCCUCGACGACCGCCACAUCCCUGUGACGGUCAACACCCUCAACCCCGGCCUCUGCCGCACCCAGCUGUUCCGCUCGCUGCCCUUUGGCGUGCGCCACCUGGUCCACGGCGGGCUGCUUGUCGUUGGCCGCACGGCCGAGAUGGGCGCACGCACGCUCGUGUCGGCCGCGGCCGCCGGGCCCGAGACCCACGGCCAGUACCUCGAUACCAACGAGGUGUACCCCGUGAGCACGUACGUGACGUCCGCAGCAGGCGCCCAGGCACAGGGCCGUGUGUGGACAGAGCUGCUGGGGAUUCUCGAGGGCGUGCACCCCGGCAUCUCCGCGAAUCUGGAGUAG